CUCAUUCCUGUCUCUAGGUAGGGUUUUCUCCACUCGCAAUGAAAGCUAAUCGCAAGCUCAAGAAGCACGACACGUCGUCGAAGCUGGUUUUGGAGGAGAUUAUAGGGUUGACGGCGAAGAAUGGGAAUGGAUUGGCUUCGAACAUCUCGACCGCCAAGUGUGCCUACGUGGCGGGGUGUGUGGUGGUGGUUUACGAUGUGGAUUUGGGAGCUCAGUCGCAUCUCAUGGUGUCUCAUCGAGUGCCCAAGCCUUUGAGCUGUGUCGCCAUGUCACCGGAUGGGCGAUUCGUUGCAGCUGGAGAGUCAGGGCCUCAACCUGCAGUGUUAGUGUGGGACUGUACCACUCGGGCUUUUGUAUCUGAAUUAAAAGGCCAUCUAAAUGGGGUUGGAUGCAUUUCUUUCUCACCUGAUGGAAAACAUCUGGUGUCUGUUGGAGGAUACAUAUACCUUUGGAACUGGCGGAGUGGGAUGUUGGUUACUAAGCUUAAAGCAAGUUCAUCUUGUUCUGCUGUCUCUUCUGUUAACUUCUCAUCAGAUGCCAAAUUUAUUGUUACUGCUGGGAAGAAGCACUUGAAGUUCUGGACUGUCAGAUCAUCUCCAGGGAAUCGCUUAAAUGCAGGGACAGUGUCGCUGGCAAUGCAUGGAAAGCUUGUUGACCUUGGACCUCAGAAAGGAAGCUCAUUUGUAUCUGUCACAUCCCAUAAGUGGAGUGGCGGUAGUUUUGUUAACGGUGAACAGGCUGGUGACUUUUUUCCUAUCUAUGCAUUGACGGACACAGGUGUUCUGUGCCUUAUACAUUCUGGAUUUUCAGUAAGGAAAUCAGUUGAUUUAAAGGCUGGAAAAGGUUUUGCACUAUCUGCAUCAAACAAACUAGUUGCAUGUGCAUGCAGUAAUGGAAUAGUACAACUCUUUGCCAGUGAAACUCUCAAGUAUGAAGGAAGUGUUACAUAUUCAAAGGCCAAAACAGGCCAAGAAGAAAGUGAUCUUGUUUGCUAUACUAAUGCUGCUGAAAAGGGUGUUCAAGUUUCGCUUGCUCUUCCAGAUGCAAUUGCUUGUCAGUUUUCGACCUCAGAUAAGCUUGUUGUUGUUUAUGAAGAUCAUAGUCUCUAUAUAUGGGGCAUUUAUGAUGUGAAUCAGGCAACCCGUUGUUGUGUGCUUGUUUCACAUUCUGCGUGCAUAUGGGAUAUCAAGAAUCUCUGUUGUGAAAACAUGCAUGAUUCAUCUCUUGCAUGUGUUGCUAGAGGUUGUUCUGGUGGAGUUUCUUUUGCAACAUGCUCAGCAGAUGGUACUAUAAGGUUCUGGGAUCUUGCCUUGCAACCUGAUUCAUCAGAAGAUGCUGCGAACAGUCAUUUUCUUAAUCCAGAACCAAUGGGUACAACACAUUUAGUAAGUGCUGGGAUUUUUGAACGUGACACUGUGGAGGUGGGUGUUAGCACUCAAGGAUUUCGGUCAUUGGCAGUUAGUUCAGAUGGCAAGUACCUCAGUGCUGGUGAUUAUGAGGGAAACCUUCAUAUCUAUGACCUACAAACUUCUGAUUAUACAUGCUUUCAGGGUGCCCAUGAUGCAGAGAUCCUCUCAUUGAGCUUUAGCCUGUCAAGCAGAAAGGAAGUUGUUUCUGAAGAAGCCAUAGAUAGCCAGUCAUUCCUUGCAUCAGGGGGCCGGGAUCGAAUGAUCCAUCUUUAUGAUGUCAAAAGGAAUUUUGAUCUUAUUGAAAGUAUUGAUGAUCAUUCAGCUGCUGUGACCUCUGUUAAGAUUGUUUGCAAUGGCUCUAAGAUUCUCAGUUGCAGUGCUGAUAGGUCUUUGGUGUUCCGUGAUGUUGCUAUAACUGAUGGUGGUCAUAGGAUUUUGCGCCGUCAUCAUCAAAUGGCCUCUAAUGGAACUGUGUAUGACAUGGCUGUAGAUCCAACAAUGGAGACUGUUGUUACAGUUGGGCAGGAUAAGAAGAUAAACACAUUUGACAUUGCUGCUGGAAAGCUAAUUAGAUCAUUCAGGCAUGAUAAAGAUUUUGGAGACCCAAUCAAGGUUACUAUGGACCCAAGCUGCAGUUACCUGGUCUGCUCCUACUCUAACAAGUCUAUUUGCAUAUAUGACUUUCUUAGUGGAGAGAUGGUCACACAAGCCAUGGGACAUGGUGAAGUUAUAACUGGUGUCAUCUUCUUACCCGACUGCAAGCAUAUAGUCUCUGUAGGUGGUGAUGGUUGUAUAUUUGUAUGGAAAGUGCCUGUUCCUUUGUCUUCUAGGAUGCUGCAGAGAAUGAAGGAAAAUUUAGGUCCACUGAGCUUGCCUCAGCCAGUAGGUUUUAGGCAAAUAUCGUUUAACGAAGAGGAAGACAAGCAAUUCAGUGUCAAUCUUGAAGAAGUACUGUUGCCAGAGAACUCCAAGCAGAUAAGACAAAUAAUGUCUCAUCAAAGGGGUCCUCGAGAGACCUUAGCAUUUAAAUUUAGUGUUUCCAGACUUCCAAGAUGGGCACAGGCCAAAGUAACAAGCUCUAAUAUUGUCCCUAGUGAUCUUAAGUUCAAUUUAUCUCAGCAAGUAGACCAGAAGUAUUUCUCUCCUUCAGUUGGUGAAGGCCAAAGAUGUGCUUCUGUGUCCCCUGAAGUUCAAGUUCCAUCUGAUCACAAUAUGGGAGACAUUGAGUCAUGCAUCAGUGACUCAUCCAAAAGAUCUUCCAUUACUAACAACAGUGAGGAUUCCCCAAUGUCUCAAGAAACGCCUAGCUUUGCCAUGGGCAAUCGUUGGCGCUCCAUUUACACCGUGUGUCUGGACCUACUUAACUCACCAGAGAUGCGGACUUUAAUGGACAGAAAUAUUUCAGAGUCUUCAGCAGUUUUGAAACAAGACAGAAGUGAGAUACCAAGUAAUAGUCAGUGCUCUUUUGGGCAUGGUGAUCAACUAGGCAUAGAUAAUACAAGUGAAUGUAAUGAGGCAGCUGCUUGUGAAGUGGCAGCGCAGCUGCAUUCAGUUAAAACUGGAAGUGAGGUGCAAGCAGAUAUGGAUGUUAACACCUGCCACAUGAAGUCUGAAGACACCGACCUGUUCAGAAAACACUUUGGCAGUUUAUCAACAACAGACAAGAUAGAGAGAAGGAAAUCAUCGGUGAGGAGAAGGUACUCCACAAAAUAUGUUGUCCAUCAUGAUUAUCUUGGAGAUAGCAAGAAACUUUUUGGCACUCCAGUUCGAGAUUUGGCUAGUAAAACCCUGCACUACCAGGAAGAAGCUACAACUCAUGCCACACUGAAAGAUCCAUUAUUCCAUGUCUCGGAAGAACAGAAAAUGGACCUGAAGAACUCAGCAGAAAGUUCACCGAGCGCAGAUUGCACUUCCAUGGAAAGUGAAUUAACCGAAUGCCCUGUCACAGGAAGUUCAAUAAACAACGAAUUGACAGAAGGCAGAGACCAGAAGGAAUGUGCCCCCAAAGGAAGUGAUGUCCAGGAAAGAAUAAUUGCAUGCAAGGAAGCUUUACUCAAUCUGGAUGCUGCAGCUGAGAAUGCAGUCCAUUUAUUUUCAGCAUUAGGAAAUGUGGGUUCUAGGGAAGAGUUCUCAGGAGAAACGGGAGCCAAGUUAUAUGAUGAGGCAGCUGAACUACUUCAAUCAAUUGCAGAGAAAGUUGAUGGAGUUGCCAGAUUGGUGCACUGUCGGAGCAACAAUUCAUGUGGAAGUAGAGUGGAAAUUUCAGGCUUUCAACCUUUGUUAGGAAAAUUUGCAGAGAGUCUAUCACAAAGGGUUGUCGAAAUGCUGAAGGAAAACCUCAGCACUAGUUAGCCUGUUGGUUUACCUAACAGAGUAAUGUACAGAGUUUUGUCAAAAUAACCAAUCACCCUCUAACCUAGUGGCGGCGAAGAGAAAGUCUAGUAAAUAAAUUACGAUCACCAUGUAAUUGCCUUGCUUUCCCUACUUCUCAGGGAAGCUGGGGAGAAUGUAAUGAAUGAUUUGAUGAGAUAAGCAAGAUUGCCAUUCUUCGGAUA